UCGCAUGAUUCAACAUGGCGUCAUUCAAACUGUUUUGACGUGCACAGUUGAAACAUGUAAAUGUGUAAACGACGAUGACAUUUUGUAAUUUUUCACGCGUAAUGCAAGCGAUUUCAUAGCGAAACAUUCACAGAGUUGAAAAUGGCACCAGUGUGGGUCGUGGGCGUUGUGUUCCUAGUCAGCACGAUGUGGUUGUAUUGGUUGUCUGUCAACCCACCAAACGGCGGUAACCCGGAAGUCAAUUUAUCACAGACUGAUAUACGUAACAAGACAGAAGUAAAUUUUCCUACAAGUUUUGAAGAAUUAACUGCAUUAGCGUCUUUAUUGAAGCACUACCAAACACUACAUCAGAACUAUGUCCUGCUGCUGUUCUGUAGUGCAUAUCUUUAUAAACAGACAUUCGCCAUUCCAGGAUCUGUAUUCCUGAAUGUGUUAGCCGGAGCAUUGUUUGGUUCAUUUAAUGGUGUGAUAUUGGUUUGUCUGCUAACAGCCAUUGGUGCCACAUUCUGUUAUCUACUAUCCUAUACAUUUGGAUAUCAGUAUAUCAAGCAAUAUUUCCCAGAUAAAACCCAUAAGUUGCAACAGAUGAUCAACAACAACACACAUAGCCUGUUUUUUUUCCUGUUAUUUGUGCGACUUCUUCCAAUGAUGCCAAACUGGUUUUUAAAUCUGGCUUCUCCGGUGCUCAAUAUACCACUACACCUUUUCUUUCUAUCAGUUUUUAUAGGUUUGAUGCCAUAUAACUUCAUAUGUGUAGAAACUGGGUGUAUAUUAUCUGAAAUUAGUUCUAUGGAGGAGAUUUUUACUUCAUGGACAUUAUGCAAAUUAACUGGAACCGUGUCUGAUUUCUGUUUGAGUGGCAUUGAUGUAGUGUUUAAACAGGUGUCUGAUUUCUGUUUGAGUGGCAUUGAUGUAGUGUUUAAACAGGUGUCUGAUUUCUGUUUGAGUGGCAUUGAUGUAGUGUUUAAACAGGUGUCUGAUUUCUGUUUGAGUGGCAUUGAUGUAGUGUUUAAACAGGUGUCUGAUUUCUGUUUGAGUGGCAUUGAUGUAGUGUUUAAACAGGUGUCUGAUUUCUGUUUGAGUGGCAUUGAUGUAGUGUUUAAACAGGUGUCUGAUUUCUGUUUGAGUGGCAUUGAUGUAGUGUUUAAACAGGUGUCUGAUUUCUGUUUGAGUGGCAUUGAUGUAGUGUUUAAACAGGUGUCUGAUUUCUGUUUGAGUGGCAUUGAUGUAGUGUUUAAACAGGUGUCUGAUUUCUGUUUGAGUGGCAUUGAUGUAGUGUUUAAACAGGUGUCUGAUUUCUGUUUGAGUGGCAUUGAUGUAGAACUACAU